AUGAGUUCAAGAAAUCGAACAGGAAUCAACAUUGCAAUCGAUAGAGGUGGGACAUUUACGGACUGCGUUGGAAAUCCAGGGACGGGCCGCUUGGAAGAUGACAUUGUGAUUAAACUGCUCUCAGAAGACCCAACCAAUUACAAAGAUGCGCCUUUAGAGGGGAUUCGGCGGAUUCUUUCUCAAUUUACAAACCAUGAAAUCCGUCGGGGGAACCCAUCGAUACUUCUUUGA